GUCGAUGCAGGAACCCAAAUGCAAGGCAGCAAGAAUAGUGGGCUGACAUAGUCAAGGCGGGAGGCCUACUUUCUUAUCUCCUUCCGAUGAGGCGGCCGAAAAGCUUGGGUAAGUCGAAAAUGGCGGAGAGGAAGAGGGAGGCCGUUGUAGAAGAGAGAAAAGUUUUUACAUUUUCGAAUUUUUAAAAGGAGUCUGAACCGUCUCUGAAUUAUCUCCGUUUCUUCUCCACUGUUAGAAGAGCGAUUCAUCAGCGAGAAUAGUGGGCUGACAUAGUCAAGGCGGGAGGCGUACUUUCUUAUCUCCUUCCGUUGAGGCGGCUGAAAAGCUUGGGUAAGUCGAAAAUGGCGGAGAGGAAGAGGGAGGCCGUUGUAGAAGAGAGAAAAGUUUUCAAAUUUUCGAUUUUUAAGAGUCUGAACCGUCCCUCAAUAAUCUGCCUCAGAGGAUCUAUAAAUAAACGCAUCCUUACCAGUCCAUUUCACUAACCCAAUUCAACUGUUCUCUUCACUGUAGUAGAAGCAAAUUAAAGCCUUUCAAUCCCUCUUCCAUUCCUCAUCUCAUGGGAAAGAAGAAUAACCACUCUUCUCCAGCAGCUGCUGCAAGUUCUGAAACUAAAUCCAUUGAUAAACUGAAAAUCCUCAAUGGCCAACUCGUGAAGGAAGUGGCAGUGUGCCGCAAACAAAUCGAGCAACUCCAGUUUCAGCUAGCUGCAUUAGCCUCCCACCACAACAUCCUCGCCGGGAGCCAGCACAAGGUCUCUUCUAUAGCUCAGAGACAUCCCACGCAGGACAACGCGGAGAUGGCGGUGAUGAAGACAGAGUCCGCUGCUGCUCAACUUGAUGCGGAAGAAAUGCUGCUGCGUGCCCUUGUUAGAGAGAAAGAUGAGAUUCAGAGCAAUAUGGAGCGCAUUAUAGCGGAUAAGGAUUGCUCUAUUUGGUGUUUGGAGCAAUCGAGGAAGAAAUCAGAAGUAGAGCAAGCUGGUGGAAGAAAAUGGAAGAGAUGGAUCUGUUCUGCCAUUGUUGCUACAGCUUCAUUCUGUGUUGUUGUUGCUGUAGUAACCUUAUGCUGUCCUAAGAGUUCCAAUCCUAAAAAUUAUUUGUAGAAUUUAGUUUAAUAUGUAGGAUAGCUUGAUCUGUUUAAGGUACUGUUAUUUAUUAGUUUAAUAUUUUU